UUAAUCCUGAGACUUACUUGCCUUUUCCCAACAGGUGAACGACUUCCUUAGCGGCCGGGCUCCGUUAAUGCUGGCGAUCCGCAUGGGGGAACACAUGGUCUUUGUGCAGCUACAGCUCUCUACCCUGCAGCAUCAGCAGCAGCAGCAGCAACAGCAGAGCCAAGCGGGAGGAGGAGGAGGAGGGGGUGGAGGUCGUCAGCCGCAAGGUGAAGGUCAAGGAGGCGGCUCCUCCCACCAGGCACCACGCGCCGGAGUCACGGGGGUCACCGGGGUCGCGCCCACAGCGGCCACUGUGCUGUCCCAGACGGGCCUUUCUGCGUCCGCCAUUGCCGAGGCUACCCGCUGUCUGAGCCAGAGGAUGCAGCUACACAGGCUGCAGGGGAUCAACAGGAGUAGCAACAGCAGCAGCAGCAGGAGUAGCAACAGCAGCAGCAGAAGCAUCGGUGCUAGGACUAGCAGCAGCAUGGCCGGUCCAGCCCAACAGACACGAUCAGCUGUUGCCUCCCACCCUCCUCCAAGAAUGAGCACACAGCGAUCUGCACACAGCUCCUCUCGGCGGUCGCUUCUGUCUACACCACUCUCACCGAGUAGCUCCGCCCACAGACGGUCCACCGCUCCAUACCCAAGUGCUGCUCCUCCCCGAUCCUCUUCCUCCUCCUCCUCCUCCUCCUCCUCCUCCUCCUCCUCCUCCUCCCACCCCAUCCCUCCUAGCACGACACUCACAUCAACUCCUGCUGCGUCUGGGGUUGGCCCAGCUCAGACUUUGCUUCAGCUUCCGACACGUUCCAACCUCCCCGCGGUUGCUGACAACGCGAUGCCGUCCCCACCCCCUAGCCCAGGCGCGGUCAUCGACAGUAUGAAGCAUGUGGGACGCGGUGUCUACACCGGGACGUUUUCUGGUACGCUGGACCCAUCUCUGCAGGACGGCAAUGGUCAGCCCCGCCGCAGUGUCAACACGAUCUUACACAUUCUGAACGACCUGCUUGUGGCCGCGCCCCACAGCCCCCCAGCCACGCCGGUCAGGGCACAGGGAAGUUCGCCCGCACCGCAAGCUUUUCCCUUCAACCCACCCACCACCACCUCCCCAGCCAACUUGCCACCCACCACCACCUCCCCCGCCUACUUGCCACCCACCACCUCCCCCAACUUGCCACUCACCCCACCCGUCAGUCCAAAGAGCAAGACCGGUCCAGGUGCUGUGUUUGCUCCUAGAGAGGACACUGACAAUGACAAACUCCGAAGGAAAAUGCAGCAUAUUCAAACUAUGUUGGCUCAGCGAAAAGAGCAACGUCGUCAACGGAGAGAAAUGAAUGCUCCCUACACCACAUCAAAGUCAGCGGCCGUGCAAGGGUUGGCCGAUGUGUCCAGGUCUCUUCCAGCCUCGUCGUCUGCUCCAAGCACCGUUACAGUGGCUGCAACAGAUCUUGUAUCUCCGUCGAUCUGCAGAACCUCGUCUUCAGUAACCUCCUCUUCCUCAACAGCCACUACCAGUUCGACUGUGAGUGGUCACGGGGAAGGGAAUGCGAACGGAGGAGGGGACUCGUCGACCUACUGCAAGACCAGUAUAGAGCAAGACUCUUUAGCCGUAUGAAGAACCAUGUGGUGACAUUGCUUGCUCGGUGCUCUUAACUUUGUGUUCACCUUCACCCCAAUGAAGGUUGGAAUUUGUCGGCCAAAGCCUGCGACGCAGGUGGCAGAAGAAAUGCUUUUUGCUGAAGUUUGAUGGUUUCAGCUUCACGCAGCAGGUGAAGCUCAUGCUGAAUGUUCUGUAACAUGGUCUUAGACACAAUGCUACAAUCUGACCAGUUAUCAGACUGCAGUCUAGACCUGUUCCAAUUUGUAUAGAUUCAUAAUGUUAGAAGCCACGCCCCGACUAGAUCUCUGAAGAAUGGUGUAUCCCCACGUAGGGCUGUACUGAUGCUGAUACUCACAUGCUGUAUUGUAUUUACACCAAGUCUGACAACUACUAUAAUCUGGAGACAUUAUCAGCUACAACUGCUUAUGAUUUUGUAGUUUUUAGAUGAUGACAUUCAGUUUAGAAAAUGUUUGUUUUCUUUAGAUAGAUCAAAUUGGUCUCAUUUUUGUUUGGUUUUGUUUACAGUAGUUAAAUAAUUUAGCUGCAGUUAUUUAAGUUACACAGAAUUUAAAACUUUUUUCUAACUUCUGUUUUUGCUUGUAGAUGAUUCUGAUUUUUAAAUUCCAGUUUAGUUUCAUAUGAAUAUGAAAAUUGCUCC